AUUUACAAAUAUAAGAUAUAUAUAUAAAAAAAAAUAUCAAAAUGCCUAAUACAAGUGAAGAUGAAAAACAGCAAUUAACAGGGACAAUACUUGAAGGAAUUAAAUCUGGAAGCGCUAUGCAAACUAGAUUUAAAUUGAUUCCUGAUGCUCAUUUGAAUGCAGAAACAGUUGCCGGUAUUCGAGAUAUGAAUCUCGGUAGAAUACGAGCCGAUGGAACUCGUACUGGCGCACCUACUAUUCGUUUCGAUACCGGACAAAAAACAUCACCCCAUAUUAAUAUCAAUCCACAAGGUAGGCCUAGAACAUCAGAUCCACAUAUUCAGGUUCCAGAAGGGGUGAUAGAGGGAGCUAAAGCAAUUAAUACAACCUUAAAAUACGUUGGUGCGGGUUUAACCAUAGCUGCCGUAGUAGUUGAUUCCUACCGUAUUGGUCGUGCAUUUAAAGAUGAUUUAUAUAUUCGUGAUAACGCAAAUAAAAUAAUCCUCGAAUUAGAAGAAACCAUUGAAAAACUGGAAAAAGCAUUUAAGACUGAAACUGAUUCAACAAAAAGACAAGAAAUUAAAGAUACUAUUGUAUAUAUAAAACAGAUUUUAAAAGAUGUAAAACGUACAAGAAAAGUCCCAGUUAAAACGAUUAAAACAAUUUCAAGUGCUGCCGGAGGUUGGGGUCUUGGUGCAGCAGGUGGCGCUGGUGGAGCAUGGACUGGUGCACAGACAGGCACUAUGAUUGGAACUGCAUGCGGUGGUCCAAUUGGUGCAGCGAUUGGUGCUCCAAUUGGUGCAGUCGUUGGUGGAAUCGGAGGUGGAAUUAUUGGUGGUAUUUUCGGAAGUAAAGGUGGUGAAGUUUUAGCUAAAGAGGGAUUGGAAUUAAUUGAUGAAGAUUAAUUAAGAUUAAACGAAUUUCAUAUUUUGAACUAUUAUGUUUAAACUUUGUAAAAAAAACUACAAUCUAUCAUAAU